GUGGGUAGGGUAACGUACAAAAUUUCAUUCAUGGAAAUGUCGCGCUGUAAAUGUGCUGCUGGGUGCGGGUGGGCUGCUGCCACACAGUGGGGGUGGCUUCUUAACAGAGCUCUGUUUGUGGCAAGUCCUUCGCUGCUGGGCCAGCUUCGCACGCACACAGAUGGCAGGCAGGCGGCAGGCCGAGCUUCAUUGUGUUGCGGAUGGAAUAUCUGCGUUCAGUUCCACUUCGAGCGUCGUUCGGUGCGGAUCGCAGCAGGCGUUAAAUUCUGUCUCUUGGUACAUUUAGUGAAGGAGAAAGUGAAACGAUGGCAACUGUGGCACCUAAUACGGAUGCUUCUGCUGCUGCUCCUGCUCCAGUGGAGGCCAACGUCAAGCCAAAGUGCGCCAAUGUGAACAACAACAACAGUGCCCGCUCCAGCCGGUUGGGCAGUGCAGACCAGGACACGGACACGCUGGUGGACCAACGAUUUGGAUGGUGCAACUUCCAACCGCAGUGGCUGCAACGCUUCUGCACCGCCAAGUGGGCACUUUUCUGGCUCUGCUGGGGCGGUGCUUUGCAGGGUCUGAUUGUCAACGGAUUGAUCAAUGUCUCCAUCUCAACGAUUGAGCGGCGUUUUGGACUGCGCUCCCGACAGAUGGGCCUCGUGGCCAGCGGCUAUGAUUUGGCAUCGUUCGCCUGCCUGGUGCCCGUCACUUAUUAUGGCGGCAGGAAAGGUGCCUCCAAGCCGCGCUUCAUUGCCAUCGGACUGAUGGUGAUGGGUCUCGGUUCGUUGAUCUUCAUGUUGCCCAACUUUCUGGUGGCAUCUCCCUACCGCGCCACCAUAGCCGAGGCGAAUGUUUGUGAGUUGGAGAGCAGCGGCCACAAUGCGAAUGCGAAUCCGAAUCAGACAAAGCACUUCCCCUGCGAGUUAAAUGCUGGGACUGGUGAGCGCGAGGAGUACGAUAGUUUAACGUGGACCGUGUGGCUGUUCUUUGGCGCACAACUCCUCCAUGGAGCCGGCGCUGCACCCCUCUUCACACUGGGCGUCACAUAUAUCGAUGAGAAUGUCUCAAAGAAGAUGUCAUCUGUUUACUUGGGCAUCUACUAUACAAUGGCCACAGUUGGACCUGCCAUUGGCUACGUACUCGGCGGACAAUUGCUGCUCAUCUACACGGACUGGCUGACCGUGGACCCCGUGCAGUUAAGCCUGACCAGCGACAGCAAGGUGUGGAUUGGCGCCUGGUGGUUGGGCUUCAUUUUCGCCGCAGGAAUGUGUCUGCUCAUCGCCAUACCCAUCUUUGGUUAUCCGAAAACACUGCCGGGCGCGGAUAAGCUGCAGCUGGAGAAGGUCUCGGAGGCGCAUGCAACCAAAACAGUCGCGGAACAAAUUGAAUUGGAGGAAUCGGUGGACUCCGAGGGAUCGUGUGGCCAUCGGCGACUGGGACAACUGCCUCGGGCGGUGCUCAGUCUCCUGAAGAAUCCCACAUUCUUCUUCCUCAAUCUGGCUGGGGCUACUGAGGGUCUGGUUAUAGCCGGAUUCGCUGCCUUUCUGCCCAAACAAAUCGAGAAUCAAUUCAGCAUUUCGCCCAUGUUGUCGGCACUGGUCAUGGGACUCAUUACGGUGCCAGCUGGCGGCGGUGGCACCUUUUUGGGCGGCUAUCUGGUGAAGAAGUGGAACCUGGCAUGCAGUGGCAUCAUCAAAAUGUGCCUCAUGGCCACCACAGUGGCUGCAUUCUUCACCUUUUGCUUUCUGGUCUCCUGUCCCAAUCCAAAGUUUGCAGGCGUCACGACUUCCUACAAUUUGGAGGCCAGAAGCGGACCACCCGAGCUGCUGUCCAACUGCAAUGCGAAUUGUGGCUGCAGUCACAGCAAUUACGAUCCCAUUUGCGGCAUCAAUGGCGUCAUGUACUACAGUCCCUGCCACGCCGGCUGUGGCCAGGAGCAGCAUGUGGAGAGCCUCAAACGUUAUCACAACUGCAGCUGCAUCGAGAGUGUUGGUUGGGUGGACGAUGGUGUCGCCGCCGCUCUCCAUGCGGAUGCCACCAACUUGAAGUGCGACUCCACAUGCCACAGUCUGCCGUACUUUGUGGGUUUGUGUUUUGUUCUGAUGAUCUUCACGUUUCUGGCCACCAUGCCUGCACUGUCAGCCACCUUGAGAUGCGUUCAGGAUGAGCAGCGCUCCUUCGCUUUGGGCCUGCAGUGGAUCAAGGUACGCCUGCUGGGCACCAUACCCGCUCCGCUUAUAUUCGGUGCUCUGAUUGACGAGUCCUGCAUUUUGUGGCACGAGUCCUGCGACGAGCAGGCAGGUGGAGCCUGUCUUGUCUACGAUAAUUUUUAUAUAAGCCGCUACAUGUGGCUCUUGGCUUUGAUUUGCAAGCUUCUAUCCGUCGUCUUCUUUCUGUGCGCCUGGCUGUUCUAUGUGCCACCCAGCAAGCAGCCAGUCAGUGCCCAUGGCAAGCAAGAUAUUUGAAGAUCUUGAAACAAAAAUCAAAUUACUAAACCCACCCAGACCCUGUGGCUCAUAUUGGGCACAUAUCGUAUUGUCUGGGGUUUAGCAUUUAGCAGAUAUGAGUAGAAAACAAGCUAAGAAUCCAU